ACCGAACGUUACACUUAAGCUUCCACCACCAUCUGAGGCUCGCACGCAUGUCUCAUAUACGACCUCUUGGUUCAUAGAACUAAUUUCAAUAAUACCCUUAAGUCUCCAACUACAAUGUCCACGGAUCCAUAUCAUGCCGUCCAGCACGAGGUACAGGUCUCGCUCCAGACGGCUUCUACUUUACAGUCUUCCUACUUGCGGAUACGAAGUACGGCUCGUGAAGAAAGUGAGGAACUCGUAUGGGCUAGGAAUGAGGUACGUCCACUCACAUCCUUCCUUGAUUCGUUGGGUUUAUUCACUUGUAUCCGAACAGCUGAAAGCCACCCUAGCGGCGAUGGAGGCCGACUUGGAGGACUUAGAAGAAAGCGUCAAGAUUGUUGAGUCAACAGGUGCUCGCCUCUUUGGUCUGGAUGAGACAGAGGUUAUAUCUAGGAGACAUUACGUUGAUUAUGUCCGACGUGAAAUUGGGAAUAUGCGAGUAGAGGUGGAUUCUGAAAUCACUAGUAUUCGAAUUGGCAGUCGGCCUCCAUUUCCGGACCUUUCUUCUAGUCGAGGAGGAAGCAGGCCAGGAACGCCUUUGCCGCAAGACGAGCAAGCUGCUUGGGCUAGACAGGAGCAACAGAUGAUGAUCCAAGAACAGGACCAGACCAUUACCACGAUAUCCGGGACGCUUACUACAAUUGCUGAGCAAGCGGGGUUGAUGGGACAAGAAAUCGGCGAGCACAACGAAAUGCUCAGCGACCUGGAACGCGGUGUUGACCACACAGACUCCAAACUCAACACAGCGAUGUCGAGAAUGAAGAAAUUCAUUCGGCAGACAGAAGAGACCAAGUCGGGGUGGUGUAUCAUCAUCUUGAUUAUAGUCCUGAUGGCGUUACUACUUGCAGUCAUUCUGGUUUAGGGAUGCUUAGAGCUGUUCAUUUCGUGUCAUUCCUUAUAUUUAUCGUGCUUUCGGCCUAUUUUCUAGCUGCCGCGGAAUGGAUGGACCUCGUAGAUACAUUAGCAUGCAAUGGAUUUUGUUGUUCUAACAAUUACGAGACUCCUGCUCGCAUCGACCAACGAGCAAAACGCUUCAGACACUGCGGCCAACUAUUGACGGUCGUAGGUUUUAUUAUAAAUCUAUGGUGCAAAACACCUAGUCACCGCUACUUUCGGACAGUGGCCAACUUGGGGUCGCGACCAAAAAAAUUGAUAUU